UUAUUUUUAAUUCAGGUAAUCGUACGUAUAUGGAUGACAUUGUGACGGAAGCUAAAGAGUACUACAAUUGGUUGGACAGUAUUAGUGGUACGUGUCUGGUAUGGAAUAAUCCAGGUUUAGUUGCGUUGUCUAUAAGAGCCAGAGCCAUUAUCGUUUGCCACUGGAACUGAACAAAAGAAUCGAGUGUCAGAUUGCUGUCAUCGCGUUUUAAAUAUCUUUAAAGGCUUUAAAUAGCAAUUAUAUAAAAUAGCAAUUAUACAAAAUAGCAAUUAUAUACUAGUGGCCUACUAUCAACAGCUUACUAGUUACGGGAACAAAUAAUUUAAAACACUAAAUUGUUUUUGACUAGAAACACGAACCAGUUAAGACCAACUAUCUCUCACUAAGUACCCAUGAUAAAAGAACAACUUCGAAUUCAGCCUGACAUAAAAAUAGUGCGGGUUUUUACUGUACUAAUAAUUUGCAUAUUGCCAAUACACAAUGUCCUUCUAUUUUCAACAAGAAUUAAUACAUAGGGUGGAAAUUUUUAACUUCAAAUCAAGGCAGCCUGGGAGCUCUACUAUACUAUUUGCCGACCUCGUAGCGUUAUCACAAGGUAUAGCAGAAGUGUAACUUGAGUCGGUUCCUUUAUUGUUUUACGUCCACGAAAAUUUUAACUCGCUCACGCCAUCCUGGCUAUAGUACAACCGGAAGUUUUUAUCAGGUUUUGGUAGGUACAAAGUGCCGGUUGUACUAGCCAGGAUGGCGUGAUUGAUGACAAAUUUCUUGUAAAAACGCGGACAAAUACUUGCUUGAGUUACACUUCUGCUAUACCUUCCUAUUCUGUGUCGUUAUCAACAAAGCAGUUACAUGUACCAAAACUUGGAUCUCUAUAAACAGCAAGUUUAAAAACAACCAUUUUCUUUUACAUAUUUCGAGUCGGGUUGUCGUUGAAUCGUAGUGUAAAACACCAAGCAAUAUUGUUCAAAAUGUAGUCUUUCACAUUCAUGACACAGCUAUUAUAGGGGUGCAUCUACCUUGGGGGUUCAGGGGUGCGCACCCCACCUAGUGGUGUCUAAAAUCUGCUUCACCAUACAGUAUAUACAUUUUCUGCUUUACGAAUAGCGAUUAGCGGAACUUCGACUGUAUAAGGUCCAAAUAUGUUUGGCAUAUUGCAAAAUCAUAACCUGGAAAGUUGUUUACAACUGUAGUGUUGAAAUGAUGUUACGAUUUUGAUAAUUUGUACUUUGUUACUACCAUUAGAUCAGUUAUGUGGCUCAGGGGUGGAAAUUUUUUUUUUCUUUCUGGGAACCUGGGUCGAAGGCUAGAAAUUUUCUGUAAAAUUUGUAAUGUUACAAUUACAAACAUAACAAAACAAAUGCAUAAUUAUUGUAUUAUUUGUACUUUAGUAAUAAUGGGCUUUAGGCUGGUUUUUGUACUCUUGUACAUCACAAUAGUUGUCUGUUAUAUACCACAGUUAUGAGUUAUGACCAACUAGUAAGGAUCUUGAUUUUUUCUGUGUUGGUGUUAUGUACUAAGGUGAAUAUGAUGUUGUGAUGUUACUCUGAGAGUAUAUCCACACCGGGCAAACUACGACAUUUGGAUUGCUAGCCCAAUGUUCUGCCAACUGAGCUACGCGGUCAGGUCGGUUCGAGUAUGUGAUAUUUCGGAACAGAGUUUAGUUCCUUCAACAUCAAUCUAAUCUAGUAUUCCAAAGGUCAUAUAGGUUCGAUUCCCACCAUGGCCAGGCAUAUUUUUCAAGCUUGCCCGGUGUGGAUACACACUCAGAGUAACAUCACAAACAUCAUAUUCACUUGAGUACACAACACCAACACAAAAAUCAUGAUUUUUAGAUUACAUUGAUGUCGAAGGAACUAAACUCAGUUCCAAAAUAUCACAUACUCGAACCGACCUGACCACGUAGCUCAGCUGGCAGAGCAUUGGGCUAGUAUUCCAAAGGUCGUAGGUUCGAUUCCCACCGUGGCCAGGCAUAUUUUUCAAGCUUGUCCGGUGUGGAUACACACUCAGAAUAACAUCACAAACAUCAUAGUAAGGAUCUAACGCUUAACUAAGUGUCCUAUCAUCUUAUUUAUUCCAUCACUUUUAUUUGUUUACUAUUUAAUUUGCAUUUUAUUGGAGACUUUGCAGAGCAUAUAUUUACCAUUUUACCAGUCAUUGUGAUAGCAGGGAUGGGUAAAAGAAUUAAUUUCUGUCAAAUAUUUAAAAGCUGCUGAUGUUAGCAUGUACAGUGUAAAUAAAGUAGAAUAGUUGUAACUUGUAAGUUGAGUAAACAGAGUUAUCUCAAAAUGUUGAAAUAUUUUCUGGAAAAUUUUCUGCAAAACUCUCAAAUCAAAAAAAUUUCUGGGAACUAGGUUCCCAGGUUCCGAUACUUUUUCCACCCCUGAUGUGGCUCUAACCUGAAAUGGCUUCGGCUAUAUCGAAAUUGUUCAUUUCAACUUAAAUCCUCUCUCCAAGAAACACUAUAAUUGAACAGUUGCUAAUACCAAAAAUAAAUACUGGAAUUUUCCACGUUUAUCAUGUUGCACUCUUCACGCCUUUUCAUCCGCAUCCUUUGUCACCCCCUGUUAGCGUUUCAGAACCACACCACUUUAUAUAUUUCUUCACUUUUGGUAUACAUUUUCUCACCUACACUUAUAACUUUUCUAAUGAUGUGUUUGUACUUCCAUAUAUUAUGUAGAUCCAAGAACCAAAGAAUGGCUUCUAGUUCCAUCCAUCCUCAGUCCACUGUCGGCGUGUCUUUUAUAUCUGUUCGUUGUCAAAAUAGGACCGAAAUUCAUGGAGAAACGACAACCAUUUGAGCUUAGAAUUCCAAUGGCUAUUUACAAUCUUGGAGCAACAGCAUUAAGUUUAUAUUGUUUUACAGAGGUACUGUAUAUUUUUUAUAUUCCGUUUGAAACACAUGGGAGUAUAUUUUAAGGAACUAACUGUGUUAGGCCAAUCUACCAAAAUAAGGAAUCGCUGACCAAAGUUACAUGUCAUUUUGCACAAUGGGUUUUGCCUACUUUUUAUGGUGUCCAGAACAUUACCAAAAAAGUGAAUCUCCUCUGUGACUCUUACCAUCAUGCAAGCGUUAUGUCGCAUAUGAGGCGUAGAGUUUCAAACUUGGUGUGAUAAGAUUACAUAUAAUAUGAGACCAAGCAAUGGUGUACUAAUUUUCUCCUACAAGCUAUCUUAACUUUCUAAUACUAGAAAUACAUGCAUGAACUAAGUAACCCCUCAACUUUUUAACCAAGCAAUUAUAAUUGAUUAAUUCCCAAACAUUUUACAACAUGAAACACAAAACAAUAGACAGUCCGAAAAUUGUAAACAUUUUCACUCUCAAACCUUGAACGCGCAAGCAUCUAGCGUAUAAAUAGUUGGCUUUUCAAAAUACGUGGCAUUUUUCUGAAGAUGACUUAAAUUAUAGUCGAAACUUAUUCUAAAAAGAAUGAAAAUGUUUACAAUUUUCGGAGUGUCUAUUAUUUUGCGUUUUAUUAAAAUGCUCUAUGGCAACCGCAAUUUUUACAACGUGAAUUAUGUCAAUUAGCCACUGUGCUUGCUUUUCUUUUUGCUGCCUAGGCGCGUGCUAGCGCUCUAGGACAAAAAAGCUCCGUCGUAGAUGGAAGUGCUCACAAUUCGGGUGCAUGGACUCUAAAGCUAUAGGCGCACUAAACGAUAAGAUGCCCGUCUUAAAGAAUGUUCCGGCCGUUGGAAGCAGUUUUUCCAGGAUUGUUGUAUACUUCUUAAUUUCCACCUUGAUUUUUCUUGCCACUCAUCAAGUUAUCUAUUGUAGUUUGUCGUUACAUUGAUAUUGUCAUUAUUACUGCUUGUGUGUAUAUCAAUAGGAAUGAAAGCAAUUCGUUGCAAGCAAUUGUAUACGGAGCUAAUGUUAUUUCAAAACUGAGAUUAUAAAAAGUUAAAAGUACACUGCAAAAUCUUGAAUCCUUUCAUAAAAACUAUUUUCAGGAUACGUGGAAAAUGCUCCGCUGAAGCCCCGAAAACGCAAACAUCCUCUGUGGAAGAAUGCCCCAGACAAGCUCUAGGUCCACUCCCUCCCUCUCCUCCCCCAGCCCCACACACACUAGAAUAAGUUGCUCACGAUAAAUAGUCAUAUGCUGGUCAACAAUCUGUAUACAAAAUGGCACCACAUCCUAAACUAGGCUAAAUAAAUCGGCCAAAUGUCCGCAACUUAUAUGAUUGUAAGUGCUACUUGUUUUAAUUAUUAAUUAAUGUUAUAGUUAAUGUUAAUUUAUGUCUUUUGUACUUGUAGCUUUUUAUUGGCUCGUGGAAAGCAGGGUAUCAUUACAUCUGUCAAAGAGUAAUUGUUUCAAUGGAACCUCAACAUUUACGGGUGAUUAUUGAUCAACUUAAGUUUACAAAUAUCUGGUGGGGGGGGCUCAUAAAAUAG